AUGAAACGAUUGAGAUAUGAGAAAUCCCAUUGGGAUGAUGCCAUUCAUUUAUAUCGUGAAAGAGAGCAAAGAAAAUGGAGUGCAGUGAAUGAGGAAGUGAUCAAGAGGAUACGAGAACAUUCGUUCCCAUUCGACACACAACAUCUCACCUAUGUACAUAUUCUCGAUUUGCAUAAAGAUGGUGUCAUCAAGCCGCAUAUCGAUAGUAUCAGAUACUGUGGUGACAUAAUCACGGGUCUUUCCCUUCUUUCCGAUUGUGUAAUGAGACUUCGGCACAAAGAUGACAAAGAGGGAAAAGUGGUUGAUCUGUUAUUGGAAAGAAGAAGUCUCUAUCAUCUUGCACAUCUCGGAAGAUAUGAUUUCAGUCAUGAAAUUCUUAAUGAAUCCGAAUCGAUCUUUAAUGGAAUGAGAGUGCAAAGAGAUCGACGAAUCUCACUGAUUUGUCGAGAUUUGCCAAAACCGGGAAAUGAGCAACGAGAAGGGGAAGUGACAAUGAAACCGAUACCAGUAGAA